AAAGUAGUCCCUUCUCGGCGUUUCUGCGGAGGGAUCCAUCGGAGCGGCGCCACCGAUUACUAUAUAAGGAGGCGCCGGGUGUGGCGUUGGCAGUUCCUUGGAGGCCGGGAGUUCGUUUUCCGUGUUUGUGUGUGAGCUGUUGUCACAGCCGUUUGACAAUGCAGAUCUUCGUGAAGACCCUGACGGGUAAGACCAUCACCCUGGAGGUGGAGCCCAGUGACACCAUCGAGAACGUCAAGGCGAAGAUCCAGGACAAGGAGGGCAUCCCCCCUGACCAGCAGAGGUUGAUCUUUGCGGGGAAACAGCUGGAAGAUGGGCGCACCCUGUCCGACUACAACAUCCAGAAGGAGUCCACUCUGCACCUGGUCCUCCGCCUCAGAGGGGGCAUGCAGAUCUUCGUGAAGACCCUGACGGGUAAGACCAUCACCCUGGAGGUGGAGCCCAGUGACACCAUCGAGAACGUCAAGGCGAAGAUCCAGGACAAGGAGGGCAUCCCCCCCGACCAGCAGAGGUUGAUCUUUGCUGGGAAACAGCUGGAAGAUGGGCGCACCCUGUCCGACUACAAUAUCCAGAAGGAGUCCACUCUGCACCUGGUCCUCCGCCUCAGAGGGGGCAUGCAGAUCUUCGUGAAGACCCUGACGGGUAAGACCAUCACCCUGGAGGUGGAGCCCAGUGACACCAUCGAGAACGUCAAGGCGAAGAUCCAGGACAAGGAGGGCAUCCCCCCCGACCAGCAGAGGUUGAUCUUUGCGGGGAAACAGCUGGAAGAUGGGCGCACCCUGUCCGACUACAACAUCCAGAAGGAGUCCACUCUGCACCUGGUCCUCCGCCUCAGAGGGGGCAUGCAGAUCUUCGUGAAGACCCUGACGGGUAAGACCAUCACCCUGGAGGUGGAGCCCAGUGACACCAUCGAGAACGUUAAGGCGAAGAUCCAGGACAAGGAGGGCAUCCCCCCCGACCAGCAGAGGUUGAUCUUUGCUGGGAAACAGCUGGAAGAUGGGCGCACCCUGUCCGACUACAACAUCCAGAAGGAGUCCACUCUGCACCUGGUCCUCCGCCUCAGAGGGGGCAUGCAGAUCUUCGUGAAGACCCUGACGGGUAAGACCAUCACCCUGGAGGUGGAGCCCAGUGACACCAUCGAGAACGUCAAGGCGAAGAUCCAGGACAAGGAGGGCAUCCCCCCCGACCAGCAGAGGUUGAUCUUUGCUGGGAAACAGCUGGAAGAUGGGCGCACCCUGUCCGACUACAACAUCCAGAAGGAGUCCACUCUGCACCUGGUCCUCCGCCUCAGAGGGGGCAUGCAGAUCUUCGUGAAGACCCUGACGGGUAAGACCAUCACCCUGGAGGUGGAGCCCAGUGACACCAUCGAGAACGUCAAGGCGAAGAUCCAGGACAAGGAGGGCAUCCCCCCCGACCAGCAGAGGUUGAUCUUUGCUGGGAAACAGCUGGAAGAUGGGCGCACCCUGUCCGACUACAACAUCCAGAAGGAGUCCACUCUGCACCUGGUCCUCCGCCUCAGAGGGGGCAUGCAGAUCUUCGUGAAGACCCUGACGGGUAAGACCAUCACCCUGGAGGUGGAGCCCAGUGACACCAUCGAGAACGUUAAGGCGAAGAUCCAGGACAAGGAGGGCAUCCCCCCCGACCAGCAGAGGUUGAUCUUUGCUGGGAAACAGCUGGAAGAUGGGCGCACCCUGUCCGACUACAACAUCCAGAAGGAGUCCACUCUGCAUCUGGUCCUCCGCCUCAGAGGGGGCAUGCAGAUCUUCGUGAAGACCCUGACGGGUAAGACCAUCACCCUGGAGGUGGAGCCCAGUGACACCAUCGAGAACGUUAAGGCGAAGAUCCAGGACAAGGAGGGCAUCCCCCCCGACCAGCAGAGGUUGAUCUUUGCGGGGAAACAGCUGGAAGAUGGGCGCACCCUGUCCGACUACAACAUCCAGAAGGAGUCCACUCUGCACCUGGUCCUCCGCCUCAGAGGGGGCAUGCAGAUCUUCGUGAAGACCCUGACGGGUAAGACCAUCACCCUGGAGGUGGAGCCCAGUGACACCAUCGAGAACGUCAAGGCGAAGAUCCAGGACAAGGAGGGCAUCCCCCCCGACCAGCAGAGGUUGAUCUUUGCGGGGAAACAGCUGGAAGAUGGGCGCACCCUGUCCGACUACAACAUCCAGAAGGAGUCCACUCUGCACCUGGUCCUCCGCCUCAGAGGGGGCAUGCAGAUCUUCGUGAAGACCCUGACGGGUAAGACCAUCACCCUGGAGGUGGAGCCCAGUGACACCAUCGAGAACGUCAAGGCGAAGAUCCAGGACAAGGAGGGCAUCCCCCCCGACCAGCAGAGGUUGAUCUUUGCUGGGAAACAGCUGGAAGAUGGGCGCACCCUGUCCGACUACAACAUCCAGAAGGAGUCCACUCUGCACCUGGUCCUCCGCCUCAGAGGGGGCAUGCAGAUCUUCGUGAAGACCCUGACGGGUAAGACCAUCACCCUGGAGGUGGAGCCCAGUGACACCAUCGAGAACGUCAAGGCGAAGAUCCAGGACAAGGAGGGCAUCCCCCCCGACCAGCAGAGGUUGAUCUUUGCGGGGAAACAGCUGGAAGAUGGGCGCACCCUGUCCGACUACAACAUCCAGAAGGAGUCCACUCUGCACCUGGUCCUCCGCCUCAGAGGGGGCAUGCAGAUCUUCGUGAAGACCCUGACGGGUAAGACCAUCACCCUGGAGGUGGAGCCCAGUGACACCAUCGAGAAUGUGAAAGGGAAGAUUCAAGAGAAAGAGGGCAUCCCCCCUGACCAGCAGAGGUUGAUCUUUGCUGGGAAACAGCUGGAGGAUGGGCGCACCCUGUCCGACUACAACAUCCAGAAGGAGUCCACUCUGCACCUGGUCCUGCGAUUGAGGGGUGGUGGCUUAAGUUCCCCCUUUUAAGCUGUUGACAAAAUUCGUUGCACUUUUCUUUCAAUAAAGUUGUUGCAUUCCAAA